AUGCGACGGCAGCAGGGGAUGCGACUAGAUGAGAGGUACGUUCCGUACUUGCAGAUGGCCGGAUUAUACCAUCUUGCGAGACUGAACGACAGAUGGUUUAGAUUGGACGAGCCCCUUGUGAGUGCCUUCGUGGAGCGGUGGCAUCCGGAGACGCACACGUUCCACAUGCCGUUCGGAGAGUGCACCAUCACGCUUCAGGACGUCGCUUAUCAGUUGGGGUUGCCAGUAGAUGGACGUUACGUCAGUGGUUGCCUGACAGACUUCCACGUAUACAUAGAGGGUGGCAGGCCAGCGUGGCAGUGGUUCCAUGAGUUGCUCGUUGUGUUACCUCCCGCGAACCAGAUACAGAAGUUCGCUGUGAACUGCACCUGGUUCCAGGAGACCUUUGGAGAGUGCCCCGAGGGGGCAGAUGAGGAGACGGUCAGGCGCUUUGCCCGUGCCUAUAUCAUGAUGUUGUUGGGCACCCAACUGUUUGCCGACAAGUCUGGCAAUCGUAUUCACAUCAGAUGGUUACCAUUUGUGGCUCGGCUUGAGGAGAUGGGGGCUAUAGUUGGGGGUCGGGGGUGGUCAGGAUACAAUCCUGGGAUUAGCGAGAAGGGACCUUGGGUCCAGAUGGCUCGACUGAGGAUCGACUUGUUACAGGCUCGGGAUUUCAUAUGGAUGCCCUACAGCACACCCGACAUCCUCCAGGUUGUCCAUCCGGAGGUCUUGGAGCCUCGGCAUACGAUGUUAUGGCAGUGUGUGACGUCCCUGAUAUAUUUUGCGGUUGUUGAGUGGCAUCAGGUUGAUAGAGUGUUACCGCAGUUCGGGGGCGUACAGCCUCCCCCACAUCCCGCCCUGAACAUCAACUUCUUGAUGUCGAAGGAUGAGAGAGGUGGUGACUGUUGGUUCCCGUCCCAUUUACAGCAUUGGCAUCUUCACUGGGAGACACGUGCAGAUCACGUUUUACGGUUCGAUGUUGUUGCUGACCCGAGACCCUCACAUGAGUUCUUGGCCUGGUGGCAUCAGCAUGGAAAGAGGUUCUUGUCACCUGAGAUGUACUUGGGGGAUCCGAGAGGUAUUCCUAUUCCGGCUGAGGCGACGCAGAGGGGUGCCGGCCGAGUUCCAGAUAUGGACCGAGUUGAUGACGUUCCUGACAGGCGUCGGGUUGAGAGGAGAGCUCGAGUUGGGACAUGUCGUAGUGAUAAACGAAAUUUAGCAUGUCGAUUUAGAAUUCACUAA